AGGAAAGAAAAAAAGAACAUUGAAAUCAGAUGAGUUGCAAACAAUCAAGAAGGAACUAACCCAAAUCAAAACAAAAAUUGACUCGUUGCUAGGGAGACUGGAAAAGAUUGAAAAGCAGCAAAAAGCUGAAGCAGAAGCUCAAAAGAAAAAAAUGGAAGAUAAUGCUGAUUUGAUUCAAGAGGAAUGCAUAUCAGAGAAUGCAGAUAACUCUACAGAAGAACCAAUUGAAGGAGGGCCAGAUGCAGAUGGAGAAGAUAUGACUGAUGGGAUAGAGGAGGAUUUUGAUGAGGAUGGCAGCAAUGAGCUG